CCUCAACGUCCACGAUGACAAGUACCCUCCCACCUCUAGUCCAAGCGGUCGCAGGCUCGAUAGGAAGUGCAUCUGCUAACGCUAUCAUUUAUCCUGUCGAUCUUGCAACAUCAAGACUCCAGCUACAAUCGCAAUCCCUCGGACUUGACAACAAACGAAGACCUGCAGGAAUCCAGGGAGGCUUCUACAUUCUCUAUGCUGCUGCUAGAAAGUACGGCCUAUCUGCGUUGUAUGACGGACUUCUGACGGAUACGGGAGCUACGCUGUUGUCCAAUUUUUUCUAUUUCUAUUUCUAUUCCUCUCUCCGUGGCAUCUGGCAAAAGCGCAAUCACAAAAACGACGGAGAUAGCUUGAAGAAACUCCUACCAAAACUCUCCAUCCUUGAAGAACUCUUCCUCGGUUUCCUGGCGGGGGUAGCAUCCCGAGCUAUCUCGACGCCGCUGAGUCUGAUCACUCUCCGAUUACAAACCGAAAGAAGCAAUGACUCAGACGAAGACGAAGACGGUGACAGUCAUUCUGAAUCUGGUGUUGGUUCGGUUGUGGGGAAGAUAUUCGAGGAAGACGGUUUAGCAGGCUUUUGGAAAGGCUUCAAGACCACGACCCUGUUAUGCUUGAACCCGUCGCUUACCCUUUCGUUCUUUCAAGUCUUCCGACGCGCUCUCGCGUUAUCCAAAAGAACGCCAAAAGGUAUGGCAAUCGACCCCACACCCCGACAAGCCUUCGUAGGAGGUGCCGUCUCGUCCUCGCUAGCUGUAACAAUCCUUUAUCCACUAAUCCUAGCGAAGACUCGCCUUCAAGCUCGCAAAAAGAGCCGCAGGAACGAUCGGUCGAUAUCGGCGUCACCUCCGUCGCUAGUGUCUGUGCUUCAAGAUGCAUAUGUGAGGAACGAGCUUUACCAGGGCUUAGAGAUGCAAAUAGUCAAGGGGUUCAUCAGUCAGGGUGUAACCUUCUUGAUCAAAGGAAGGAUCGAGCAACUCAUCGUCGAUGAAUAUUUGAGAAGGAGAUUAGGGAAGUAACCGGAAUCUUUAUCAUUCAUCACUGUUGUAUGAGUUAUGUACUACAUGACAUUCUUGUUUUAUAUAUGCUACUCGAUCGCGAGCGUUGUUUACGUGCAUCUAGCGCAGUCGUGUUUUUAUCCUCGGAUGAUUGUUUUACAUCGUUUCCACCAGGAAGGUGAAAUCGGCGACGCACACGCACGCACACAACACAA